AUGGAUCCUCAGCCUCAGCCAGAGCAAGUCAAGUACAUCUGCGGAGGUUGUGGGGAGGAAGUCCCUUUGAAGCCAAACGAAAAGGUUCAGUGCCGUCACUGCGAUUACACUGUCUUGUACAAGAAGCGUACUCGUCGUGUCGUGGAGUUUCUGGCACGCUAG